AUUCAAACUCUCGGUGAACAGCGCAAACUAUGGACAACACCAAGACACUAACCCGAUGUUUAGUCCAUUUAAAAAGCCAAGAAACUAAAAACGCGUUGUCCACACGAGGUUUCACUAAUCAGAGUAUCUACAGACAAGACUGGAGCUAACAGGCCGAGGCAGAGACCAGUCUCCACGUGAAGCCGCCGCCACACGGUGCGGACACUCACCGUCUUCUUUGCGGCCACCAUUUUGUGAGUUAGUCCGGUCCGGCCAACCUACAAGACACAGGAGAUAAAGCGUGUUAGUCUUAGGGCGCAGUAACGGGAAUCUGUGGCCUUUAUAACAGUGUUUUUAAUCUAAAUAAUCAGAGCUCCGCUUACUGUGAGUUAACUCCAAUAUGGCCUCGGAGUGAAAGGAAGUCCCAUGGUGCUUUGCGCAUCUUUCUGUAGUUGGGGUGCGCAGAGGGCUACCGCGCAGCACACGCAUCUUAGUUGAUAACUACUGCGUCCAAACACCAUCCUCCAGCCACACGACUCGACCAAAGGCACAAUAAACUGUUUGGUUCUAACUGCAUUUUCCACAUGCAGCCGCGGCUCAGAGACGGUGGAGGAGCCUGCACCAUGCGCCAUUACGCACAGGAGGGGACUAGAGGAAUUUGACUUUGUGUGACAGUGGCUGGCCAUUUGGAGACAGUGAGCGACGUCACUAGGGCAUCAGAAGCAUCAACACAAACUUGAAGUUGGACACGCAGUCCUCUAUGCGCACGAGACGAGAUGGGGUGCUCCACGAGUUCACAAACUUCAACCGUUGACCCCGCUCGACCAGGCAGCAAGCGCGAGGAGAGCAAUGGGGCCAGCACCACAGGUGCUGCCAAUGAGAAUGGGAAUGUUGCUGAGGACAGUGUGACCCUCCCGGACCAGACCCCUGCUGCAGCUGAAGAGGCUAAACCAGAGGAGGCCGCCCCAGCUGCUGCGGUUGAGGAAACCCCGUGUGCCGCAGAUGAGUCCCAGCCCACAGACAGUGCUCUCCCCGAAACAGAGGCAGCCCCUGCAACUGAUGCUCCCACGGACGCCCCAGCAGAGGCCCCUGCAGAGGCUCCAGCAGAGGCUCCAGCAGAGGCUCCAGCAGAGGCUCCAGCAGAGGGCGCUGCUGCAGCUGAGACCACCACAGAUGCCCCCUCAGAAGAACCAGCCCCUGAACCAGAAAAAGCAGAAGCCAUAGAACCUGCAGCAACAGAGCCCAGCACAGAGGAGACACCAGCUCCCAGUGAGUAAAGCAGGACUGCACAGAUGAAUGGUUUCCUAUGGCGUGACUGAAAGAGUGCAUUUCUGUAGCGUGGCUGGACAUAUGUGCGUCUGUGUAAAACUUAUUAACUUGUUGCCAAGAUCCUUCAGGGUUGGUCAGACAUCACUGUGCCUUCUCUCCUCUGGGUGGUGUUACUACUCAUGUACAUAGAGUUCAACUGCACUUGAGAAAACUUUAUAACAGCAAUUAAGACUCUUUGUUAAAAUAUUUCUCAUAUUUAUUUCCUGUGUAGAUAUAAACAUCAGAAGAUAUUUAUUUAAGCUUAAUAUUCUUCUUGAAACCCAAAGCCAAAUGUGUUUAUGGAAAUGCGUUACUUUGAAACUGGCUUUGAUUUGGUUAAAUGAAUAUGUAUGAAAAGCUGGUGACUUCCUUGUUUAUGAAAAAUCAAGUAAUUUUAAUGUAUCACAAAUGCUGAAUGUAAAAACUAGAUAAUUUAAAUAAUAUU